AUGCGAUCAUUACCUUCAUCGUCGGGUAGGGGCAACGGUGAUUCAGGUUCGAGGGUUAGGAAGAAACAUAAGAAGUUGGAUGCAAUAUGUGAGGAAGAGUAUAAUCGACACCAUGGUGAGUUGAAUGAGGGUGAUAAUUUGAAUCCUGAUUCAGGGGUUCGCAGAAGCUCUAGGGUUCGGCGUGUUCCGGUCGUGCUUGAUGCCUCUCCUUCGCCCAAGAAGAAACGGCAGAAGGUAGGGAAAGAUGUAAUGCUGAAGAGUGUGGAAGGUGAUAAGAAUUUAGGGAGAGCAAGUGGGGGUUCGGGUGGUUUGAGAUGGAGUUUGAGGUCGAGGUCGAGGGGUAAGAAUGUGAGUUUUGAGGUGGAGGAGAGAGAAUUGCCCCGUAGGAAAAGGAAGCUGUUUGAUGAGGAGUUGGAGGUUGUAGAGGUUGACAAGGACGAGGAGUUGGAGGUUGUAGAGGUUGAUAAGGACGAGGAGUUGGAUGUUGUAGAGGGUGAUAGGAAGGAGGAGUUGGAGGGUGAUAGGAAGGAGGAAUUGGAGGGUGAUAAGAAAGUGGAGUUGAAAGGUUAUACACGAAAAAGGUCUAGGUUGAAGAGAACGGGGAAAUUUGAAGCGAUAAAGUAUGUAAAAGGGCUUGAGGAAAGUGAGCGUCAAGAAGUGGAGCUUGUAGUUGUAUUGAACCAAGGCGAGGGGAGUGCUUUGGGUCCGGAGACCGAAUUGGCUGAUGAAAAUCCAAUAGAUUUGAGGGAUGAGAAUGCUGCUUCUGAGAUGGGGAAUGAGGAGAUUGAAACUGAUAAUUUGCAAGCAGAGGAAUGUAGUGGUGAUGUUGAACUGUCUCCUGUGGAACAUGUAGAAACUGUUGAUGAACAGGGUGAUCAAGUAGAGAGUGAGAAGGAAGAAAAAGAUGCAAGUGAUGUUGAAAUUGCUGGAGUUUCAGCUAAACAGGUAGAUAAUGAAAAUGAAGGUUCUGUUGACAAGGAGGCUCACAUUGAGGAAAACGUCUCGAAAGAUGAGAAUAUUUUGAGGAAGGAUGAGUUGAAACAAGCAUCAAAAGACAAGUCUGGGUACCGAUGUAUCAAAGAGGGCAGACGGUGUGGUUUGUGUGGAAGAGGGAGCGAUGGUAAGCCUCCAAAAAGGUUAACUCAGGAUAAUGGUGAAAGUGAGAAUGAAGCUUAUAGCGGCUCAUCAGCUUCAGAGCAGCCUACUUAUGAUACCUGGGAUGGUUUUGACGAUGGACCUGGCUGGCUUGGGCGUCUUUUGGGCCCUAUUAAUGAUCGUUAUGGUAUUGCUGGAAUAUGGGUGCAUCAGAAUUGUGCUGUAUGGAGUCCAGAGGUUUAUUUUGCUGGCUUGGGAUGCUUAAAAAAUGUGAGGGCUGCACUUUGUCGAGGAAGAGCAUUGAAGUGCACACGUUGUGGGAGGCGAGGGGCAACCAUUGGCUGUCGUGUUGACCGUUGUCCCAAAACUUAUCAUUUGGCUUGUGCAAGAGCAAAUGGUUGCAUCUUUGAUCAUCGGAAAUUUCUUAUAGCUUGCACAGAUCAUCUGCAUCUUUUCCAACCUUGUGGUAAUAAAUAUUUAGUCCGGAUGAAGAAGUUGAGGGCUAGGAAAAUGAUGUGGGAGACGAGGAAGCGUUCAAAUGAUGCUUCGAGAAAGGAUAUUGAUGCAGAAGAGAGAUGGUUGGAGAAUUGUGGGGAGGAUGAAGAAUUUUUGAAACGUGAGAACAAGAGGCUUCAUCGUGAUUUAUUGAGAAUAGCCCCAAUGUAUAUUGGUGGUCCAGACUCUGCUGGUAGUGAAAAUUCAUUUCAGGGAUGGGAAUCUGUUGCUGGGCUUAAAGAUGUCAUCCGUUGUAUGAAAGAAGUUGUUAUUAUUCCUCUGCUAUAUCCCGAUUUCUUUGAUAAUUUAGGACUUACACCUCCAAGAGGUGUUCUUUUGCACGGGUAUCCCGGAACAGGGAAAACCUUAGUGGUCCGGUCAUUGAUAGGUGCAUGUGCUCGUGGAGAUAGACGGAUUGCAUAUUUUGCCCGUAAAGGUGCAGAUUGCUUGGGUAAGUAUGUGGGUGAUGCUGAGCGUCAGUUAAGACUGUUAUUUCAGGUUGCUGAGAAAUGUCAACCUUCUAUAAUAUUCUUUGAUGAGAUCGAUGGGCUGGCACCCUGCCGAACUCCACAGCAAGACCAGACGCAUAGUUCUGUUGUAUCAACAUUGCUUGCUCUUAUGGAUGGUUUAAAAUCUAGGGGCUCAGUUGUGGUCAUAGGUGCAACAAACCGUCCUGACGCUGUUGAUCCAGCACUUAGGCGCCCUGGAAGAUUUGAUCGAGAAAUUUACUUUCCGUUGCCAUCAACUGAAGACAGAGCUUCCAUUCUUUCACUUCACACACAGAAGUGGCCAAAACCAAUCAGUGGAUCCUUGCUUGAGUGGAUUGCAAAGAAAACUUCUGGCUUUGCGGGUGCUGAUCUUCAGGCUCUUUGUACCCAAGCGGCUAUGAAUGCGCUGAAGAGGAAUUUCCCUUUGCAAAAGGUUCUAUCUGUAGCUGAAAAAAGAAAUUCUUCUGGUUGUAAGAACACUCCUCUUCCAUCGUUUACUGUAGAGGAGAGGGAUUGGGUAGAGGCUUUUUCGUCUUCGCCAUUGCCGUGUUCCCAGAGAGAAGCUGGAAAUGCUGCAAAUGGUGUAGUAUGUUCCCCUCUUCCUGUCCAACUUAUUCCUUGUUUAUUGCGUCCAUUAUGCACUAUUCUUGUAUCUCUUUAUCUUGAUGAACGGCUGUGGUUGCCACUUCCUAUAUCCAAAGCCAUGACAUCGAUUAAGAAUGUAAUAAUUUCUGUUCUAGACAAAAAGAAAAUGCCUAUUGAUCAUUGGUGGUUGCACCUUGAUGAUUUUAUUCAAGAAACAAAUGUUGCUUACGAGGUAAGUAAGUGCCUUAGUUGUUCUGGCAUUUUAUCUGCAGACCAUGGUUUUUCUGGUUCUUGCGAUAUUAUGGAUCAUGCCAAUGAUAAACCCUCCAAUAAAAACCAUGUUAACCUGUGUAAUGCUAGAUUACCAGACAUGCCAUUUGGAAUGACCAACAAAUCAGGUUUUCGAAUAUUGAUUUAUGGAAAUCCCCGAUCUGGCCAAAGACAUCUUGCUUCAUGCCUUCUUUACUGCUUUAUUGGAAAUAUUGAAGUACAGAAGAUUGAUAUGGCAACUAUUUCACAAGAAGGGCAUGGAGAUAUUGUGCAAGGGAUUGCACAAAUAUUAAUGAAAUGUGCUAGCACGAAAUCUUGUGUAAUAUUCAUGCCAAGAAUUGAUUUGUGGGCUGUGGAGGAGGAUGUCAAAAUCGCCGAAAAGACCGAUUCCUGCUCAAUGGAUCAACUAUUGUCUGAGAUGGACAAGUCCUGUUUCACGCCAAGCCAAAUUGAUGAGAAGGAAAAUGGGAUCAAUACUGGGAAACACCAGGCAGAGAUGAUCGAAUGUGAAUCCAACAAAAAGGCUUCAUAUGCCUGGAUGACAUUUAUUGAGCAGGUGGAGUCCGUUGGUUUAUCCACAUCCUUGAUGAUUCUGGCUACUUCAGAAGUUCCCUAUACUGAACUUCCACACAAGAUAAGAGGAUUCUUCAAGAGCUAUCAAUCAAAGGACAGACAAUCAACUCCUGUAGUGCAAACAGUUCCUCAAUUUUCUCUGCAUAUUGACGAAAAUUUUGAUCACAACUUAGCGACCAAUCUAUCUGCAAUAGAGCUUUUAAGAAAUGUAAUUGAGCAGCGGAUUCAAUUGAUUCAUCAGAGGUCUCAUGCUCACAUUAGUGUCCAGAAGCUUGACAGAGCCUUUGAAUCAAUUGAAGUUUGUAAAGAUAAGGUCACUCAGAGAAAAGAAAACGAACCAGGCCAUGAGAAGCAGGGUGAAGUCCAAUUUCCUGAAUCCUUGGCCAAAGUUCCACAACCCAACAACAGUAGGUCAUUAAAAGGAAAGUCGAAUGUUUUAAUGGCAAUAUCCACAUUUGGCCAUCAAAUUCUUAUAUACCCGCAUUUUGCUGAACUUUGUUGGGUCACUUCAAAACUCAAAGAAGGUCCUUGUUCUGAUGCAAGUGGGCCUUGGAAGGGCUGGCCUUUCAAUUCGUGUAUAAUUCGUCCUACCAAUUCACAAGACAAGGUGGUAAUUUCCAGUAGCUCUGGUGGUGCUAAAAGCAAAGAAAGUGCUGGUUUAGUUAGAGGCUUGGUUGCUGUUGGUUUAUCAGCAUACAGAGGUGUUUAUAAAUCAGUUAGGGAAGUUUCCCUUGAGGUAAGGAAAGUACUUGAGAUCUUAACUGAGACAAUUAACAUGAAAAUUCGAGCUGGGAGAAACAGGUAUCAAUAUCUGCGUAUUUCAUCCCAAGUGGCUUAUUUGGAAGAUAUGGUCAACAACUGGGCUUAUGCAUUGUUGAGUCUAGACCAGGCUUCACCAGAGCUUGCAGCAAAGGCCAUACCAGAAGCUGGCGGGUCUUUAAACAGUCAUCUCGCAUGUGAAGACCCCCACAUAGCCGAAGGUGAGGAUUGCCAUUUGGUUGUUCCUGCCAGUGGUGAUGAUUUGGAGACAUUGGAGAAAAGUCCUAAUGGAGUUUCCUUGAAUGAAAUAAAUGAUAAUUUAGGUGAUACUGAUUGUGUAGGCCAAAGAGCGCAUUCUGAAGGAUCUCCACAUAACCAUCAUUGUCCGAAUACGAGUAUUACUAACUCUUGUCUUGUAAACCAAUCUCUUCAUCCAUCCACGAAUCAGGAGAAUGGGGUGUUAUCUGGAGCGUCUAAAUCAGUAACUACUGAAGAUCACGAAGCUGCAGGUGGAGAACUUGGAAUGUCAAAAGACUUGAAUAAAUCAACAUGCACUCGCCCUACAGUCGUUUCUGAAAAUGGAUUUCACACAUGUGAACAGGAGGAUAUUGAGAUUGGCAACUCUAAAUCAAUUGAUGUUGAAUCUGAUAAACAUGAGAAUACUAUAGAUAACAACGCCUGUUCAAGUAAGGACAGUGGUCCAGAUGAAUCUGGGGUUGUUUGCUUUUACCAAUGUUGCCCUCAUUGUCUCAGAAGCCUCUAUCAUUUGGUGCGCAAAAUACUUGUUCGCGAAUGGGGAUCGAAUAGAAGCCAUUGGACAAUAGAAGAUGUCCAUGAUGCUGUUUCUACAUUAUCCGUGGAUCUUAUUUCAGCCGUUAGAAAAUCUUACAUGGCAGAAGAAAAAGCCUUCACUGAUUUGUCCAAUAACAAAACAUCUGUUGAAUAUGCAAACCUGACAACCUGUAAUACGGAAAACCGAGGCAAAGAUGUUGUGCCGGCUGAAUGUGUUUCUCACUCAGCAAGUCAAGAUGCAAGUGUGAGUAAAGACGCAGCAACAAAUGAACCGGUAAAGCUUGAUUUGAAAUUUGUUUUCAGAGACGGUGUGCUAGUUCCUAUGGACCCUGCAAAAGGUGGCCCUCUUCACUGUAAAUUUGAGAAAUUGAGUCUUUGUUCUCUGAUAGAGUUGAUAGUGAAAACUAAGGGCCCUUUAAAUUAA